AUGAAGCGGACGACGCUCCCUAUUUUUCUGCUAUUACUUUUACACUACUAUGGGAUCGCCGACGUAGAUGGACAAACGGCAACACAGAAGCCUAAUGUGUUGUUUAUUAUGGCUGAUGACCUAGGUUUCAAUGAUCUCGAUUGGAAAGAUAGCACACUACACACUCCAAAUCUUCGUAACCUGGCGUUCCACAAAAACACGGCACUCAUGACAAACUCUUACGUUAAUCAAUUAUGCACACCAACCCGAAGCGCUUUCAUGACGGGUUACUACCCAUUUCGGGUCGGCACUCAGGCUGGAGUAUUUCUACAUAUGGAACCAGCUGGGGUACCUACAAUGUUUCCAUUCUUAUCUGAGAAUAUGAGACAACUGGAUUAUUCGACUUAUUUGGUUGGGAAAUGGCAUUUAGGAUAUUGCAAAAAGGAAUUUCUGCCAACGAAUAGAGGGUUUGACUAUUUUUAUGGUUUUUAUGGACCACAAACGGGAUAUUUCAAUCACUCAGCAGACCAAUAUCAUCGCGAACUGAAAAGAGUCGUCAAGGGAUUAGACUUGUUUGAAGAAGUUGGGAAUGGCAAGAGUGUUCCAGAUUUUUCACAGAAUGGUGUUUAUUCAACGCGUUCUAGACAAUCACAACUCUACCAAGCCUUUCUUCAUGUUUUUAUCCUAUCAAGCAGUACACCCACCACUUCAAGUGAGUCACACGUCAGCACAAUAUAUCCAGAUCAAAUAAACACCAAAAUAGCAACGAAUCUAAUUUUAAAGGUGCCGCGCUCCUACGACAAGUAUUGCACACGAGUCAAGAAUCGCUAUCGUCGGAUUUAUUGCGGCAUGUUGACAGCAAUGGAUUUUGCAAUCGGAAGACUGGUGGAAUAUUUAAAAGCUGCUAAUUUGUACGAAAACACUGUGAUCGUGUUUACCAGUGAUAAUGGAGGAACUUCAAAUUUCGGCGCAUCAAAUGCUCCACUUCGUGGAGAAAAGGACACUAUAUGGGAGGGUGGUACAAAAACAACCACUUUUGUGCAUUCACCAAUGUAUGUGGAAGAAGGUGGCAAUAGAGAAAUGAUGUUUCAUGUUGUUGAUUGGCACGCAACGAUUCUAUCCAUCACUGGUUUGGAAGUUGAUUCAUAUGGCGAUGGUAUCAAUCAGUGGGAGUACAUAAGAACGAAUCGUCCCAAAUUUCGUCGCUUCCAAUUUGUUUACAACAUUGCCGAUCACGGCUCUGCAAUACGCGAUGGUGAUUAUAAACUGAUAGUUGGAAAUGUCGAUCGAAAGAUGUCAAAGGACAAGAAUAGGACACGAUUGUUCAGGAUCUCAACAGACCCGACUGAAUCAAAGGAUAUUUCCAGAAACAAUCCAAAAAUUGUUCGAAGACUUCUCUCGAAACUUGAUCAGCUGAAAAAGUUCCUCCACAAAAAUGUCCGGAAACCGCUGAGUUUAUCCGGCAGUCCAGAGCGAUUCAACGGAAGUUAUUCCAGUUUUUGGUGUGAUGGUCAAGCUUGA